UCCAGCGUUCGCUUUCACUGGCCUUGUUCUUUGGCGAGUGAGUGCAGUAGUGUGCAGACCUUGCCCAGCAGCACUAUCGUCGAACUAGUCUUAGUGAUGACACUGUCUGCGGCUGGAAUAAUGCUGCAACUGGCCUCUGCAAGUGGCUAGAUGUGUCUUGUUGCUGCAGCUCCCAUUUAUAUUCGAGUCUGAUAUAUGUCCGUGAAUUUCCUCCUCCAAAUUCCUCGUUUCCAGUGUUUUUCUCUUCUCCAUAAGUCUUAUUUCUCCAUUUUUUUCUUUUUUCCCCGUGCUUGGCUCUCCUGCUGCUGUUCCUAGUUGCAUGCCUUCUCAGAUUUGUGAUGAUGAUGAUGCUAGCGCCGCUCUGAACUGAAGUCCAGAAGCUCGUCCAGCGUCCUUGACAGCACUAACAGCAUUAACAGUUGUUCAGCUUGCGCAGGCACAGGCACGUCCGUCCGUCCGGUUGAGUGUGAGUUGUGAGGAGCAAACGACCAAUUGCAACGGAGAGAAGGGGUCCCCUCCUCUCCUGGUAGCUGUAGCCUGGUGUGCGGGCAAACGGCGAAACUUGCGCUGCGCGCGAUCUGGGGGCUAUUGUGAUAUCAUUGUGCUUUUAGUUGUGAAGCAAGACGUAAGCGAGGAAGUGAUAAGAUUAUCAGUCCAAGGCCUACUGCUAUGCUGUUGGAGUUGGACUUACGGAGUCCGAGGAUGAUUUUCUUGGGUAAAGGGAGGGGAAACAGAUCUGUCAGGGAUGAACUUACUUCCGUGGGGCACAGGAAGUGAAGUGGUGAGAGGAAACUCCGCUCGGCAGCAGUAAUUUCUCAACAAGGCAGCAGGUCCCGGAAGAACUUGUCCAACGCUCGCUGAUAUGCUGUAGCAGAAUGAUAUCACUGAUCACAUUUGUGGAGCUGAGAAGUAUGGAGGGCCACAAACGACCCCGCAACGGUACCAGUGGCGCAAAUUUCAUGGAUGAUGAAGAGCGUGGUCGAAGCAGCAACAGCAAUAAUACGCUAGUGGGAAUCCGCUCUGAGAUUCUCAAGGAAGAAGGUGGAGUUCCAGGUGAUUAUUGCUACGCAGAUGUUCCAGAAGUGGAUGGAAUCCGCCUCAAGCAGCAGCAGCAGCAGCAGCAGCAGCAACAAGAACAUGACAGCAGUAAAAGUUUUCCAGACUAUGGACACAUGCUCGGACCGGUUUCUACGAUGAGCAGCGAGUAUAGAAGGCUGGGCCAAUGGAAUAGUGAGUCGCUUUCUUCUGACUACCCGGAAAAGUAUAAACGACUUGGGGGCGGUGUUCCAGAGGCCGGGCUGGACGAAAGAAGAGUUCGUAGCAGGCCCGAAGCUUCAGUCCUGUCAAAUCUUCUGGGGCGGCGUGACGAUCAAACCGAGCUCCACAUGAACAUAUCUGCUCGGACUUUGAGGCCCUCGGGAGGUAAGGAUCGGCACAGCAAGGUCUUCACGGCCAAAGGGCCGAGGGACCGGAGAGUUCGGCUGUCCGUUUCCACAGCCAUCCAGUUUUACGACGUCCAGGACAGGCUCGGCUACGACCAACCAAGCAAGGCCGUGGAAUGGUUGAUGAAAAAGGCCAAGAAUGCCAUCGACGAGCUGUCGCAGAUACCACUCCCCGGAAUCGACAGGCUCACGCUUCCUAGCUCGUCUUACAACACCGCUCUCGGGUUCGGAUACUCCGGGUCGGGGGCACUUUCGGCUUCUAACGAAAGUGGUGGUGGCCACUUCUCGUUAGAGAGAGGAGGAGCAUCGUUUAGCUCAGGCUCGGACAUGCAACUAAAGGGAGUUAUACAGCAGGCGAGCCUUGUUAGCGAUCAGGAGCUGGAGAACCAGAGCCCCGAGCUCAAGGUGUGCUCGAGCUCCGCCCGCGACCAUCAAGCCGUUGACGAGAGCGACGCAUUUCCGAGACAGAGACCCGGUGAGGACCUUGGAGCGGACAUAACCAUGUCAGUUGGAGAAGGCAGCUCAACAAGAACAGGCCGGGAAGUUGGAGCUCAUGCAAGUAUAGCUCCUUUCAAUUCUGGUCAUAUCUCUGCACACACUGCCAUGCCGGCCACAAGUUGCCAGUUGCAGCAGCAGCAGCGAGACUGGAAGAACUUUCUGCAUCCGAGCAGCUAUAGUCUGUACGAAGAUCCGUGCUCAAGUUUGGUUCACACUGAUCAUCGGCAGCAUCAUCAUCACCAUCACGACCAGCAACAGCAGCAUCACCAGCAAAGACUGGAACUAUUUCAAACUCCGGUCGGGCCAGCGGUGCAGUACCAGCAGCAGCAGAACCACCAGCAGACGUCGCUCAUCACGGUCCAGCAGAAUUACUUGCAGCAACAGGAGUUUCUCCACAACUCGAGCUUGCUCCCGUUCGUCACUACCGCCAGCGCUCAGGGAAACUCAACAGGAUCAAACGCAAAGCCAGCUCUGGAUCAAUUCCAUUCUUUGAAGAUAGCCUCUCCAGCAGCGAUAAGUCCAACAGAGAAGCCGAGAAGCGUGCCCUCUACAGCACUGAGAUUUCCCAGCAGCUUUCUCGCCUCACCAUUAGUUUCGUCGUCUUCGUCACCGAAUCCCGAGCGCUUUGUUUCUCCAAAGCUCCAGCAGCAGCAGCAGCAACAGGAACCACAUCCAUCGCUGCAGUUUGAUUCGUCGCAAGCGUUCCCAGCGAAAUUCCAAGGCCCGGAAGAACAGCUACGAAGAGGGAGCAAGAGAAGAGACUAGACGUCCAUGUAUAUGAUUAUCUUAAAGAAUAAAUUGCUAUUAGCAAAUUUAGGGCUCCUGGAGAUUGUAUCUUGCCAAGGGGAAAGGGAAAAUGCGGAAGGAUCUAAAGGAGCAGCUGCGAGAUUAUCAGCUCCAAUCUGCCAAUCGCUGGGCAUCCAUCUCAUUUUUCUCUUCCACAUCUAACAUUUCUUCCAGGUGAGGCUCCCCAUUUUGAUUGAGUGAUAAAAUCUCCAACUAUUAACAGCCCUGGGAAGCUACCACUGAAAUUUUUCCUCUUCUUGUGCUGUAAAUUUCUUGUGUUGUGUGUUGUAGCUCUGUGCUGUGGGUAUGUGAGAAUCUCUGGAGCUUUUGGAGGUCUGGGCAUUUUAUUUCUACUCCUGUUCUUCACACACUCGCCUGGCAAAAGAAAAACUACAAGGAUGCUUCCUCUGUAAAGUUUGGAACAGUCGGCAAAAAUGAUAAGUAAAAUCAGAUGAUCAUGACAAA